GCCUGCCACACACUCGUGCAUGAGACGAUUUGCAAACCCAUUUUAAACUAAUCCUUUUACCAUGGCCCUGUCGAAACCUCUUCGUAAACCUAGAUUCAAAGAUUGGCUCGUUCACGUUCUCGACAACGACCUAUGCAGCGAAGACGCGAAAUGGAAGGAUCGUAACAGGCGUACAGCUAUCAUACGAUGGCCUCACAAAUCUCGAGGAACGUGGACGCUGGAGAAGGAUGCAAACCUCUUCAGAAUGUGGGCGAUCACCUCGGGAAAAUAUCGCACGAACAUCGACAAGCCAAAUCCAAAAUCUUGGAAAUGCAAUUUUCGCAUGAACUUGAAUAUUUGCAGAAACAUCGUGGAGUUACGAGAGGAGCGGAUCCCGAAAGGACCGCAUGCAUGCAGGGUUUUUAAAUUUCUGGACCAUAGGACACUCGUUCAAACGAAUUGCUCCUUUGCAGGGAUGUUUCAGUAUGAAAGAAGUCGGUAUCAGCUUAAUCAAGCAGAUGGUUUUGAACAAGUCAUGAUGCAUGCGAACCAAGGAUCCUAUCACAACGGUGCAAUCCAUCAUCAUGGAUUACAAGACAUCGACCCUACGCUAACUUCUAUCACCAACACAGGAAAUUAUCCAUAUUCAGAUAUAGGGGAGAUUCCAGAGCAGGUUAUGGAUGAUAUCUGUAGCCUAUCACAGCAACCCGCGUGUUCUGGGGCAAAUUUCACUGAUUUAGUAUCGCCUGCAAACCAAGACCACCCUCUUAAUUUUCAUCACGCCCAAACCACAUCCGAGCGGCCGGCACCAGACCAGAAUCAUAGCUUGCAACGGCCUUCGGCAUGCUCUGAAUUGAAGCAUGUGACCAGUGCUGAGCUGGUCGAGCAAGAUCCUUUUAAAAAGAAGAUCGAUAGUUUGAAGGCAACUGAACUAAACAAGAUGGCUGACAUAUUUGGUGGUGCGGCGGACACAUAUGUAAAUAUUUAAUCGGCUAACUGGAACUAAUCGUUAGUGAAGUAAACAAAAUUAAAAAUGGACUGUUUAACCAAUGUAGCUAAAGGUCAUGUAAAUAGUGGGAAUUGUAUCAAGAUGUGCCAAAUCGUUUAAAUAACUAAGCAGGUCCAGAAGGGCUGUCUUGCAAGUUCUAAAUCAGUUGUGUAUCGGAAAACGAUGAAGGCU